UUGUCCCUAAAAGUCUUCACUAGCGUGUCUCUGUCAACGACGGCCAUGGCUCAGGAGGCCUUUCCGCUACAUCUUCUCGUGUGGAACAACCAGUACUUGGAACUGGACCGAGAGCUGACGAAGAAAGAGCACGACGUGGAGCACCUGGAUCCGAGGGGUCGGACCCCGCUGGAGCUGGCUGUGUGUCUGGGCCACCUGGAGUCGACCCGGGUGCUGCUCAGACACUCUGUGGACCCGACACACUGCAACCCGCAGGGCUGGACCAUCUUGCAGGAGGCGGUGAGCACCGGGGACCCGGAGCUGGUGCAGCUGGUGCUUCAGUACAGAGACUUUAAGAGAGCCACUGAGAGGCUGGCGGGCAUCCCUGAGCUGCUGAGCAAGCUGAGACAGGCACGAGACUUCUAUGUAGAGAUGAAGUGGGAGUUCACCAGCUGGGUGCCCCUAGUGUCGAAGGUCUGUCCCAGCGACGUGUACCGGGUGUGGAAAAGUGGCUCUUGCCUCCGCGUGGACACCACCCUCCUGGGCUUCGAACACAUGACCUGGCUGAAAGGACGGCGCAGCUAUAUUUUUAAGGGUGAAGAUGAUGGCGCCGUGGUGAUGGAGGUGGACCACGAGAAGCAGGUGGUGUACACCGAGCCGCUCGUGUUGUCUCCUCGAGACGCGCCCUCCCUUCUGGCAGCCAUGCAGCCGUCGCAAGAAAACACGGCUCAGAGGCUCACGUCGCCCAUCGUCUCCACACACCUCAACACAAGAAGCAUCGCUUUUGAGCGGAAUAAGUCUGGAAUCUGGGGCUGGCGUUCAGAGAAGACCGAGGUCGUCAGCGGGUACGAAGCCAAGGUUUACAGCGCAACCAAUGUGGAGCUGGUGACUCGUUCUAGGACAGAGCAUUUAUCAGACCAGGACAAGUCCAGGAGCAAAGGCUCAAAGACUCCUCUACAGUCUUUCCUGGGCAUUGCUGAGCAGCAUACGGCUCACAACGGGGGCAACGUGUCCCAGUGUGCCAGUCCUCACAACCCCACAGCCAUCACAGCCGAGGAAUACUUCAAUCCGGAGUUCAACCUGAACGGCCGGGACAUCGGGCGUCCUGUCGAGCUCACAAGUAAAGUCCAGAGGUUUAAAGCCACGCUGUGGUUGAGCGAGACACACCCUCUGUCCCUGGCUGAGCAGGUGACACCCAUCAUAGACCUCAUGGCCAUCUCCAACGCCCACUUUGCCAAGCUGCGUGACUUCAUCACCCUGCGCCUGCCACCCGGCUUCCCUAUAAAGAUAGAGAUCCCUCUGUUCCACGUCUUGAACGCCAGAGUGACGUUCAGUAAUCUGUGCGGCUGCGACGAGGCGGUCAGUUCGGUGACGGUCCACAACCCCGAGAACACAGAAGAAGCUGGUCAGUCUCCUCCUGCCUUCCACUGUGAGGUUGACCCUUCGGUGUUCGAGCCCCCUCCAGACUACACCGUCCUCGGUCCAGGCCGCAGCGAGCCAAUGAGGGACGAGGACGACAAUCUGCUGCAGUUCGCCAUCCAGCAGAGCCUGCUGGACGCCGGCACGGAAAGCGAUCAGGUGACCAUCUGGGAGGCGCUGACCAACAGCCGCCCGGUGCCGCAGUCUCCGCUGUACGAGGAAGACUCUCAGCUGGAGAGGGCGAUACAGGAAUCCCUGUCCAUUUCUCUGGCCAGCAGAGAGGGCGAGGACCCGCCCGACCUCAGCCAGCCCUCCUCUGUGUCCCCGCUGGACCCUGUCGCCAACUCCCCGCCGUCCUACAGGACAGGGACCGAGCCCCAGCUGUCCGAAACCUUCGGCGUGGUGAGCAGCUUCGACGAGCAGCUUCGGCUCGCCAUGGAGCUGUCGUGCCGAGAGCAGGAGGAAAUCGACAGGAAGAGGAAGGAGGAAGAGGAGGAGCUGGAGAGGAUCCUGCGGCUGUCUCUCACCGAGAAGUAAUGUAACACAGAGGAACAAUCACCUUAAUUUAUUCUGCUUUAUUUUUCAGUCCCAAAAUGUUAAAUUAUUAUUAUUAUUACAAAUGUUUUAUUUGUCUUUCUGACACAAAGGCUGCUACCACAGAUUGUAAAGGAGCGAGGACAGAAAUGUGACACAGAAACGCUGACAUAAUGUUCACUACA